AUGGGAACGCCAAUCUUUGCCCUAGGUCCCAGAGGCCGCUAUUUCUACUCAAAGGUUUGCGAUGAGACGAGACCACGCGUAGCAGAAGAAGAAGUUAGGUAUUUCAAUCUACUCCCCGCAGAUAUAGAAGAAGUUCUUGAUUCUGGCACGGUGACACAAGUACACUGGAUCUGUUUUGGCCCAAAUCAUGCCUCGUUCUUCUUCUCAUACGACAGCUCUGUAACUGGGCGUUGCGAAUUCAUAUUCGGUGAUCUGCCUGCAUUCCUGCGAGAAACUCUGCUACCAACCUUUCCAGACGAAGAGAAAAAGCAUUUGCGUCUCGUCCUUGGCCCAGUUCACGAGAGCUGGGUGAUGUGGAACAGUGCGAACCCGCUUCUGCUUUACGGUAAAGACAUCCCAGAGAACCUGAGCUCAGUUCUAGCGAGGUGGUACGACGGUAUAUGCUGGACCCGAGGGCCGCCAGCUUUCAUAGCAUUGGGUACAGACAACGCUUAUCUUGCCGCAAAUGAUGGCGAAGCCGUCUGGAACAUACCAAAAUCCUUCUCGUUGCUGAAAGAUACUUGGGUUUCCCUUUGGGCAGAACUCGGUGAUUUCUCUGCCGAAACUAUACUUGCUGCGUACAUGUCACCUUGUCUCAAGGACAAGUUUGUCAUAAUUUCGCGAACCAAAGGUGGCACUGAGGUUGGUAAAUCGUUUAUGGGAAUCUCUCAAGGUAUCAAGGAGGCUGAAAAAUUGCUCGCGUCUUAUGACCACCAGGAAGCAGAUCCCGGUAAUUCUCACCCUGGCGAGGGCUUGUCUGGCCACUAUUACUACAUCAAGAGACGACACAUGAAACGGGAACCAAGGGAGCUAGACCUGCACGUGGGCGAGACAAUCGAAGUUCUGCAAAUGAGCUCAAACCUUUGGUAUCUUGGUAGGACCUUAACAGGCAAAACAGGCUACUUUCCUGCGCGAUGUCUUGGACACUCGACUUCGAAUGCCACACAUGCUCCGCCAGCAGUACGUGCGGUGGCUUUCUCAGCAUGGGAGAACAAUCUAAAAGCGAUCCUGCAAGAGGGAGGUAUCAAGGACUUUCCUUAUCUACCGAGUCACGCUUCGAUUUGUGGGCUGGCUGCGUGCUACGCAGAGAGAAGAGAGUCUGAUGGUCUUCAUGUUUGUCGGCACGAUGUAGAAGCCUUUCUGCGGACCUCGGGAUGCUAUGAUUAUGCGUGGUUGAAGACGCAGAGGAAUCUUUUCCACCCGGACUUUUUUGGUAGGAGAUGCGACGCUGACGAAAGAAUCCGGGCCGCAUUGCGUCGAAAGGCUGAGAAGCUUUUUGUCAUCUUUGGACAGCUAAUGGAAACUUGUAGUUGA